AUGCUGGACCCCAUCGGCUAUGGCACCAACUCCCUGCCACCCCCUCCUCGACCCAAGAGUCCUUGGGGCCGCUUCGAUCCAUAUGACUCUGUAGAGGACCAGGAUAAGGAAUAUGUUGGAUUUGCCACAUUGCCAAACCAGGUCCACAGAAAAUCUGUCAAAAAGGGCUUUGAGUUCACGCUGAUGGUAGUUGGGGAAUCUGGCUUAGGCAAAUCCACACUUGUCAACAGUCUCUUCCUCACAGAUCUCUAUAAGGGAAGAGUUCUACAUAACGCCCCCGAAAGGGUUGCUCAAACUGUAGCAAUUACCAAGAACACUGUGGAAAUUGUGGAAAAGGGAGUCAAACUGAAGCUUAACAUUGUGGACACACCAGGUUUUGGGGAUGCUGUCAAUAACAUUCAGAGCUGGAGAGCAGUAUCUGAUUAUGUUGACCGUCAGUUUGAGCAGUACCGCAGGGAUGAGACUGGUCUCAAUCGCAAAAACAUCCAAGACAACCGUAUUCACUGUUGCCUCUAUUUCAUCUCACCCUAUGGGCAUGGUCUUAGACCGCUGGAUGUGGAGUUUAUGAGGUCUCUCCAUGAGAAAGUCAACAUUGUGCCAGUGCUGGCUAAAGCAGACAGCCUUACAUCCUCAGAGCUUCGAAAUAUGAAAACCAGGAUUAUGACAGAGAUUGACAAACACCGGAUUAAGAUUUAUCAGUUCCCAGAUUGUGAUGAGGAUGAGGAUGAGCUGUUUAGAAGGCAGGACCUGGAACUGAAGGUGAAAGAAAGAAGAAUAGGGUGGGUUCACAGUGAGAUAACGUCACUGAGCAUACCUUUCGCAGUUGUUGGAAGCAACGCCAUAGUGGAGAGUGAAGGCAGGAGGUUUAGGGCUCGAAUUUAUCCCUGGGGUGUUGUGGAAGUGGAGAACGUGGCUCACAGUGAUUUUGUGCACCUGAGGAACAUGCUGGUGCGCACCCAUAUGCAAGACCUGAAGGACAUGACCCAGGAUGUCCACUAUGAGAACUACCGCGCACAGUACCUGUGCAGAGGCGCAUCCCCGGACCUAAGUUACAGCUUUGGUCAUUUUGCUGUUUGA